CGGGAUCAGCUGACUGAGGCAGGGAGCUGGCGCAUGGGUUAGUGUUAGACAGCACAUCUCCCGUGCUGGAAACGGGGAGGAGGGAGCGGGCAGAGCCCUGCAGCCGGGGGAGACGACAGCGCCCGAGCCCCAGCCAUGGCACCCCGGAUCAGACUGAGCCUCUCAAAGCCUCUCCCAACCAUUCGGGAAACCCACGAGGAGGCGAUGGAGGAUCCAAGCAGCAACCCAAAGCGUGCUGGAAGUGCUGCAGCCAGCCCAGACUCGUACUCCAGCGAUGACUACAUCCAGUCCAUCUGCCACCUUGCCAGACCCACCUUCCCAGCCCUUCUGGAAAGCAGACAUAAGGGUCAGGACAGAAAGACCCUGAAGACCCUUGAAGAUGUGCCAGGUUCUCCACUGCUUGUGGGGACACAGCAGGAAAGGUCAAAAUGUAAAUUGACCAAUUUCAUCUCAAAUGUGAUGCCACUGGGAAAAGUCCCACCUGCAGAAACCGACUUUUGGUCCAGAGAGGACCCUCUGGAGCAAAUUUACACCAAUGCAGGAAAUCUUUACUCCUCCAAGGCUUCCUGCUAUGGUGAAAGUGCCAGUGCUGGUUACUCACAGUGCAACUCUUCUGCCCCAAAUUGUGACCCUCGUCCCACAGACCUGGAAGAAAAAAACACAGGAAAAACCAGUUUUCCACGAGUGUUCAAUUUUCCAAGGCUUCCCUCCCCAAGACCAGUUCAGAAAGAAGCAGUAUGCUCAGAGCUGAGGUAUCUCAGAAAGGAUGAGGGAACAGUUUUAGGGAAUAAUCACAGUCAGAAAGAAGAUGGCCCCAUGUUCAUUAGCACUGAAGGGCUAUUGGCACCCUCAGCUUUCAAUACAGCAGGCAGAGAUGAAAAAGAAGGAAAAGAAACUUCUCACUGUGACAAAAAUGUCAUGGGUGAUGUUCCCACUAAGCAGAGAUACUUCGAGUCUUUCCAGGUACCUAAAAAAGCCACCAUCCAUAACUGGAUUUCAGAGCACAGAUGCAUCUGGAAAGAAGCAAAGAUAAAAGCUUGUUUGCUCCCAGCCAUUGCUGAAGUGUGA